GGCCAUUGGCCCUCCAUGUAUUUCAAUACAAGUAAAUAUAUUCAUGUCACAUUGGAAGAAAAACUUUGUUUAUGUUACAAAGCUGUAAACAUACGUUUAAAAAGGUUCAAACUGAAUAUAUUUUCCAAUUGAAAAAUUAAUUAAAUAAAAUUUUAUUUUCUACAAAAUGUAUUUAACAUAUAUUCAAACCACAUGUUUUUUUUUUUUGCCAUAUGGGAUCAGGUUUUUUACUGACACCAAAUAAUAAAUGGAGAAAAGUUUGAGAUAUGAAUGACAUGAACAAGAUAUGUCUCAAGCUGUGACCAUGCAUUACCAAUGCAUUGGUUUGUUUAUUUCUAAAGUAAUUUUUAAAGCCUUUUUUGGCGCCAGGUGUACCAAAAUUCUAAGGGAAACUGACAUUCCUCUAAAAUUAUGAGGCCAUAUCGUGUUCGUGUUUUCAGCUGCUUCCAGGUUGGAUUGUAGGUUUAUGUGCUUUGUGAAACACCUGUUUGCAGUCAGUCAGAUGUUUAAUUAUAUAUGUAAGAGUGGAUGUGCCGAUCCAACCACCCCAUCAUCAUGACAGAUGAAUGAAUAUCAGUGUAUAUAUAAUAACAUAAAAUACCUUUAAAUCUAUACAUUAAACAUGAGAUGAAUGAAUGUAUGUCACAUCUGAGAAAUAGGCACUGCUAAUAUAAGGAUUCAGCUUGCAAUCAAGUAUUUGUGCCGUAAGAAUGAUAUAUGACAAGCCAUCAUAACCAUCACGUUAGGGCAAUAAAAGAAGUAAUGUCAGAUUGUUGACCCAACCCUGAUGUUUUAUAAUGUCCUGUUAGCCUCUGGCCAUCAGUUGAUGUCAGUUUGCAACAUGGCAGACAGUAUUUCUGCUUUCUUGAGAAAUCUUUGGAGAGUGCAGAAACUGCAUGAUAACACCUUACAAAAGCUGCUGACAGGAUUCUGCUUGUUGGUUAUUUUUACAGCAGGAUCUUAUCUUUCAUUUCAUACUGUGCUUUUGUGCUAGGAUGUAGUAUGCUAGUAUAUAGAACGAUCUUCCUAUAGGAGUCCAGUCAGCCACAUCUCUUGCAACCUUCAAAAAUCAACUAAAAACUCAUUUCAUCCAAAUAUAAUUUGAUAUUGACUGCAGACUCACAUCCUCUAUCUUAAAAAAUGACAAACUCUCUCUCAACAGGAACAUCUUGGAAUAAUGACAACUUGUAACUUAGUAUAAGCGAUUGUUGUAUCACUUAAUUGUUUACUAAUCUUUGUGUAAAAGCUUCAGCUAAAUGCUUAAAUGUAAAUAUAUGUAUGUUUUGAACUAUUUGCAAUAGGUUUAAUUUUGCUGUGGCAUACCAAAAAAUGAGUGUUCAGUGCUUGUGAAUUUAUUAAAAGCAAUGGUUUGCUAUUUUUAAAUUGACUAUUUAUUUAUAUCUUUGCAUUUGGCAGAUGCUUUAUGUCUAAAUCUGCAUAAUGUGCAAAGUGCACCUGUAAUAUUCAGGAUAAAAAGAAUAAACAUCUUAAUUGUGAUCUCAGCACAGUAUUAUUUAUAUGCCACAUAAAGAGCUCAGAUUUAUGACAUGCUUGUGGUGGACGUGGCACCCCAUUUAUCAAACCGUAAAAAGGGGUAUUUCCUCAAUAUUUUUUGGCAUCCCUCCGGCUCCUUCUACCAAGUUGGAUCUUGCUGUUUUCUUCCUAAUUACAGGACUCUCAUUGGCCGAUGAGCUGAUUUUAGUGAGAGCCAAUCCCAAUAAGGGUAACAGCAAACCCCUGACACAUGGCACGUCUUUAAGUUCCUAAUGAUUAUGGAGGUCCUUAAAACUGUCGCACUCCUCAGCAGCACCUCAAAGGGUUUGAAGGGGAGUGCAGAGGAAGGGUAGAGAGUUGAGUACACCCCAACAGAGCCCGGUGGCAAUUUAUUACCAUCUUCAAAACUUUCUCCUGAAACAGGAGACAAUAACAGAACAACAAUGGCCAGGCUUUCAUUCUCCAUUAUGAUCUGUGGAAUUGCUUUCACAGCAGUCCUAAUGCCAGAAUUCCUGAGUGCUGGGCCGGUAGGGCAUCAUGAAGAAAAGAACGUUAUGGAGGCUGCUGCUGAGGAGACGACAAACAGCGUAUCCCCGUUGAAGAGGCUGUCCCGCAACAGGAGGAACAUUGCCUACUACAGAAGUCAACCUGAUUAUUGGGGCUGGUAUAGAUACUAUAUGGACACCAACAACCAGGAGGGAGUCGAGGGCAUGGACCGCAUGUACGUCGCCUACCUGCAGAAUAAGCACAGAGUAGAAGAGGGCCGUAACUACAACCAUUACCUCACUCACCUGAGCGAAAUUUACAAAACCUGUGCCAACUCCGAUGACCCCGACUGCAUUGCAGAGCUUACCAGCAAACCCAAAGCUAAGUUAGUCAUGCCUUUCCCCAUAAAGCAAGCUGCUGUGACGGUGUGCAACCCGUACCUCGACCCCUACUGCAUGUAUGCUGCUAGACCAAAAGUUGCAGAGGAAGAAUCUUCAGCCCCAGCAAAGAUCCCAGCGCCAAUCCUGAGCCCCCUUCUCCCCCUAGCAUUGAAAACUCAUCCAGGUCAAUACUACUAUGGUCCGGCCCUGGCACCUUUUCUGUCAGCUGAGCAGAGGGAUGAGCUCCUGCGCAUCUGCAACCCAUCAGACACCGAGUGUUUGCAAUACCACCUGCGUGCUGCUUACGGCUACACGCCCACUUUUGGCGCCCUGCCCUCUUAUGCUAACCUUGGUUGCGAUCCUACCAAAGACCCCUACUGCCAACCCAAGCUGGUAGCCAGGGCACCCUCAGGUUUGUAUCACCUGUAUCCUGCCAAUGUAGCUGCUCCAAAAGAACAAUCACCAUUCAAUCUGGCCUGUGACCCCCGCUACGAUCCUUACUGUUUGAUGGGUGGAACUGCCGCACUUUUGAGACCCCCUCCAAUCCUCCCCCAGUUUCAAACCCGCCACCAACUUGGUAUUCGUGGCAAGACCAAAGAAGGUUAUGACUGUUAUGUGUAUUAUGAUAAAGACUGCACCCCAGUGGAGAAUCAGGACUUAAGGUCCGCUUCUGUACCCGAAUGCCACCCGUAUGACCCCACCUGUGGUAAGUUUGCAGCUCAGAAACCUGCUGGAAUAGAAGCAGCAAAGAUGGCCAAAGAUGGCAUCGUUGAACCCCACCCUGACUGCGACCCUGAAAUCGAUUUCAACUGCCGUCUGCGCAGAGCAGAAACCACAGGUGAGGAGCAAAAAGAUGAUGCAGGCCAGCAGAAGCAGGAUCAGGUAGCUGCCGAGGAUUCAGUUCCACGAUUUGAGGACUUCCUGAGAGGAUAUAUGGGUGGCUACAAGAAAUGAGAAACAAGAUGUUUAGAAACCGGGUGGAAACGUACAAAGUCAAACAUGUAUGAACACUUGAAGUUGACAAGUGAACCAUUGGGUUAUGAUUUCUGAACUGAAGUUCAGAUCUGUGCAUGAGAAGAAAUAUCUUAACAAUCAUUUCUGUAUUGUUGAGUUUUAAUAAAUUUAGAGAUAUACCUUAUUUUGUUCGUCAUGUGUCGUGCUGGGAAACUUGUGGUAUAGACUUUGGGGCUCUUGCGAUGGUAAUGUGAAGCUAUCUGUGUAUUUAUGUAUAAUAUAUAGUAGGGUCAGGGUGCUUGAAUGACAUAAACUGAUACUAUUUUUAUGUAAACUGUUGUUUUGUUGGGUUUCACUUUUUACCUUAGAUAUGAUCAUUAAGUGUAUUUAAUGUAGUUUCUAUCACUAUUAA